UGCGUAUCUGAGCCUCGUUUUUUGCCACUGUGUGUUAAAUUUUUAAACGUUUUAAGAUUAAAUUAUAAAUAUUUUAUCUGAUGAAAAAACACAGUUCAUUGUCCGAAAUCACGAAGAAAUGUUGGGAUUAAGACAACCAAAGACCAGGCUUAUUGUCCAGAAAUGUUUUUAUUCAUCUGGGGCCCCCACACACAUGAAUGUGCAAAAUGGAAUUGCGAAAAUAGUGAUGUGCGACCAAAAAACACGAAAUUCCUUGUCAAUUUCAAUGAUGGACCACCUAAUCAACAACAUCAGUGAAACAUCAGCUGAUAAGAGCACCAGAGUGAUAAUAAUAGGUGCCGAAGGCCCCAUUUUCUCAGCCGGACACAACUUAAAAGAACUGUCUCCAGAGCAUGGCAAAGCCCAACAAAACAAAGUUUUCUCUCUUGCUGCAACUCUAAUGACCAAAAUCAUCGAUUGCCCCGUUCCUGUGAUAGCCCGAGUCGAUGGUCUCGCUGCGGCCGCCGGUUGCCAACUCGUCGCCCAGUGCGAUUUGGCCUUUUGUACCGAAAAAAGCACCUUUUCAACACCUGGCGCUAAUUUUGGCAUUUUUUGCUCAACCCCGGGCAUAGCCCUGGCCCGGACUGUCCCCAAAACCACCGCCCUGAAAAUGCUUCUGACCGGACAACCAAUUUCGAGUCACGAAGCCGAAAUGAGGGGCUUAAUCACCAAAGUUUGCAGCGACCUUGAUGGGGAGAUUGCUGCCGUUUGUGGGGCUAUUAUGGGCAAAAGCCGGUCGGUGAUUGAACUGGGGAAACGGUUUUAUUACGAACAGGUCAAUGCCGAGGUGAAAAAAGCCUACGAAAUGGGGGGGCGCAAAAUGGUCGAGAAUUUGCAAAUUGAGGAUGGGCAAGAGGGCAUCCGCAGCUUCAUCGAGAAACGGAAGCCCCAAUGGACGCAUUAGUGUUGGUUGUUUGGGUCAAAUAAAGUUGUUUUGAACGA